UUCUUAUAUUUCGUUGUUUUUUUUUUUUUUGAUUUUCUAUUUGUCUUGGCAGAUUUCAGAAUUUUUUCUUCAUAAAUGCAACAUACGCGUUUUGAUCAUGACCGACUAAAGAACAAAAUUGUGAGCAAAAAAGAGAAAAAAAAGUCAAACAAAUUUUGAACUAAUUAUUUUAGUUUUUUUGUAUAAAAUAAAAAAGAAAAUUGAAACUGAAUAAGGAAAAUCGCCAGAAAUUGUGUUAAAAAUACUACACUGUGAUAUAAUUUUUGAAAAAAAUUCAAAUGUUUUUUUCCCUUAUUUUAAGAAAAUUGUGCAAUUUAAAUUUAAAAAUACUUAACUAAAGAAAUAUUACAGCAUUUGGUGUUUGUUCAAAGAAAACGUUUUGAUCUCAGUUGAACAUUUAACAUGAAUAGAAAAUGUUUGCACUGGAGCUAUUUAAAUUUCAAGGACAUUCCUAUGGACUUGUACUUGUACGAAGAUCUCGAAGAGGUUUAUCUUAAGGAAAACUAUAUUGCUGCCAUACCCAAGUGGUUUUUGAAUUUGACAACUUUGAAGUUUAUCCACUUGGCUGGAAAUAACAUCACAGCACUGCCCGAUGAAAUGUAUUUGUUGGAAAAUCUGGAGUUUCUCGAUGUUUCGAAUAAUCAAAUCACCGAAUUGCCAGAAGCAAUGGGUUAUAUGACGAAAUUGCUGCACUUGAAUGUUAGCUCCAAUGAUUUGACCGAAUUGCCAAGCACUAUUACCUACAUGAAAAAUCUGGAAUCACUAAAUGUCUCCAAAAACCGCCUAAAACGUUUACCCUUACAAAUUUGGGAAUGUGGCCGACUGAAUGAAUUGAAUAUCAGUGAUAACAUAGAAAUAUGGCAUAUACCGGAAAGAAUUUCAUACAUGCAAUCACUGCAAAUGUUAUCAGCCGAUCGUUGUUCCUUAAUUUAUUUACCCGUGGCUUUGGCAAAAUUCAUAGACUAUUUGAGAAUCUUUAAUAAUGCUGCCAUCACUCACAUACCCAUGAUAUAUGAGAAAUUCUAUCAGAGUUAUUAUGAGACACCCACAAAAUCGGCACACAUACCUAUAACACGCGAUGAUUUCUUUUGGGUUAUAGAAAAGGAAACCUUUACCAAACUCCUACUGCCCAUUGGCACUAAGAAAGUCUUUCGAGUGCCCUCAAAAGAGAAUCAAGUUACACUUUAUGAUGACUGCCUAAAAGCUUUGGAAUAUUUAAAUAAACUUACGCAAUUUUAUGAAAAUCCAGUAUUGAAGUAUAUACUGCCCGAAAGGUAUAUGGUGGAUCAUAUUCGCAAUGGACCCAUAGGCAGGUGUACGGUAUUUAAAUGUUCGAAUCCACUAUUUACAACAUACUAUUUUAUGGUGGUAAAAAGACGUGCCAGCAAAUCCAAACAGCUGUUUACUUGCUAUUUUUGUACAAAUUAUUGUGCUAAUAUGUGGUUAAUGGAUAAUCAUAAAAAAUACUAUUGUGUGGACUGGGAGGUGUGUGAUGAUUAAGUUACUAAACUUAACCCUAUAUCUACUAAUGCUUCAACUACAUUUAGCUUAAAUUUUUAGUGUCUAGUUAGUUAGAAACCAACAUUAUAGUACAAUUAUAUUUAAAUUGAAAAUAAACAGUCUUUUAUUAAAA